UGUACAUUCAACUCCACAUUGAAUGCUCCUCUGUCGCCUGUGGAACAUAACUUCUCCAGUCCCUCCUUGCCUUUUGGCUAUCGCUUAAACACAACUUGUGGGUGGUACAUCACGGCGCCUGAAAACCACACCGUGGUACUGCGUCUCACGUACAAACUCUACUUGGACAGUGUAGAGAUUUAUGAUGUAGAGGGCUCUGUGAUCAGCCUCAUCGCCCGUUUCACUGCACGUCUACCCUUACGUUCUGAAUCAACUACUAUAUAUUCCAAGUAUCGCCGUUUGUACAUCGUGUUCGAAAGUAAAGUUAAAACGACUGACGUAGAGGAAGAAUUUUAUGCAUCGUAUUCUGCUAUCUCUCUAGGUAUGUAUACAGAGCAAUUUUAUUUUUGAGGAACUUUGAAUGGGGGAUGGGUGGAUAAAAAGGGAGGGCGUGGUCGUUGGGGCUGCUCCUGGCAAACCUUAUGGAACGUAAAGAGGGUAGGUUUUUAAAGAAACUUUGGUGCUGCGUCAGUGGGGGAUAAAAUAAGAUAAUUUGGUCGUAUCAACUGAGGUGAUAGUGUAAAUUGCCUACUGUAGAAAGUUUCUGAAGCUGACAUUUCGAGCGACGGAUGGCUUACGCUUGAAAUUUCAGCUUUAGAAACUCUUUACGGUGGUUAAUCUACUUCAUUAACUUAGUUGAUUAAACCAAAUUAUCCUGUGGAUCGUAACCUCGAUACAGUUGCAUUAAAGCGUUAUCCCAGUAUAUGGAAGGUGUUUAGGACCAAGAGAAUAUUAAUUUUAGAGACUAGUCCCUCAUAAAGACCUUGCUGCGAUGGUUGCUCUUACAUGCGUAAAAUUACUUCAAAAUGUCUGACUGCGCACGCGUCUGGUCGUCUUCUCUUUAAGGGGAAUGAUGUUCCGGAAACCACAUAAUUUUUAUCGCCACCAUUGAAAAGUUGAUAUAGAAUCAUGCCAAUGACCGAGUUUUGAAAGUACAGAAUGUCGCCUAACCUUUUCCAAACAGUCUACAAAGACAUUAGAAAUUGGGCUAUGGGCGCCGCCAUUUUGUAUUUUGCUUAGCAAUGUGGCCGCUUACCUGUGACGUAAUAAUUUUUUUCUAUACACUCUGACAAGGUGGCGAUGAGACAUUAUCAGUUUCAGUCUAUUUCAUAUUUCUCAUUGAAAGUAGACUCAUGUGAGGUAGUCUUCUGGCUUGUUCCUCACUUGAUCUCAGGAAACGUAUCUCUUGAAAGGUCUAUGUAGCCAUUCUGGUAUCUUGUCGAUUCAAUCUAACGUUAUUUAUCUUACGUAUUUUAAGAGGUAGAUAGCCCUUCUUAUUUUUUUCUAAACAUACUCUUUCAUAAACCUUCAGCACAACAGGUAUCGCUUUCGUGAGAAGCAGUUCAACCCAGGUGAACGAAUUUUUUAUGAUAUUCUUUCCAUCAUUAUAUCUGUAGCUCACGCCUGUUCAUCGAUGAACUCCUUGGAUGAAAAUAGGAAUAUUGUGUUGAAGAGUCCUUCGGGUGUCAUAACAACCCCUGGGUAUCCAUCCAGCUACCCGCAGGAAUUGAUGAAACAGUGUUUCUGGAAAAUACUAGCGCCUGUUGGAAAUGUUGUACGAGUGGAUUUCCUAUCCUUCCGGCUUCCGUCUUCUAGAACAUGUUUGACUAUUUUCUUUGCAAUAAAUAAAAGAAAUCCAACGCAAACGCUUCUCUGUGGACUAAAAGCAUCGUUUCUACUUUACUCAAUGACAAACGAGAUUGGUAUUGAAGGUCCGCAGUCGUAUGGCUUUAACCCCGGACGUGGUGGAUUCAAUGCGAACUACACGACCAUACCAGCAGGUGAGAACGAAGGUUGGAAUGUCGCGCAAUAUGUAAUGUGUGAAGGAAGAAACUUAUUGUGACUCAAAACGCUUCCCAAGCGCUGACUUUGUAGGAAAACCAGGGCGGCGGCGACAUCUAGACCGUGUUGAAGCAAAGGAUUUCAUCAAAUGAGCACAACAAAAGCUCUGCACGUGCGUUAAAAACUUAGUACUUUAAAGAGGUUGGUUUCAGCCAAACAUUAGCGUGACAAAACCAAUUUUACCGCAUUAUAAGAACGAGAACCCCAACAACAAAUGUUUUAUGUCUUAAGCAACUUAGGACCUGACGACCUCAUGAUGUUUUAAUCAGUUGUAAAAACGGUUGCGAUUAUUCAUCAUUUUGGGUACUUUAGUAACGAAGCUUUAUCCGCCGUUUUUAAUUGUUUUCUUUUUCCUUUGCAAAAAGACUCGCAGUAGGCAGUUGAAACGUCGCAGUUCACAUUGGAACGGACUACAUUGAGCUACGAGCGAUUAAACUUCGUUAUGGAAAGAACUUUUAACUCCGUCGUUACCUUAGCAUUGGGAAGCGAAAAUCGUCUUUUUAGCCUGUUUUUAUUCCUGUGCGUGUGUAUGCGCAUGUUGCAAUUACAUUUGAGUUCAUCGAGAUGUGGGUGUUAAUUUUGUUUCUUAGUUCUGGUUUCACGGAACCAUUUCCAAUUCUAUAUUUCAUUUGACCUUUACAGCUUCAUCAGGGGUUUGCAUCCCAAGCAACAACAGCACUGUACACAUGGCGGCAGAGGGAAUGACGUUUGCAACUCCUGGCUUCCCUCUCUAUCCUGGAAAAGGCCGAUGUAACUGGAAUAUAUCCGUACCCGAAGGGAAUUUAAUAAAACUAACGUUUCUGUCGUUAUCAACGCGUUGUAAUAACAGUUAUGUGGAGAUUUUUGAUACGACAAAUUCCACAUGGAUCCCCCUCAGAAAAUUCUGCGAUGUAACUUCUGGUGACUUUGAAGUGUACUCGCAAGGAAGCAGUCUACUUGUUACGCAUGUAAAUCUCCUGAAUACCUCAGCUUCCGCAGGGUUUUUGGCGACAUACGAAACCGUUAAGGCAAUCCCUGCUACAUACGCUUGUGGUAAAUCGGGCAUUUAUGGCAUUCCAACCAAAUUACGAGGCACUUAUGGUGAAUUUGCUAGUUACCAGUUCCCUCGUUCUUACUCCAAUGAUGUCAAAUGCUCCUGGAUUAUUCAAGUUCCAGUUGGAUUUCUCGUGAAUUUGACUUUUCAUACGUUUAAGCUUCAGGAAUCCUCAGGCUGUUCUGCAGACCACGUCGAGAUCAAACAAGGGAAAUCAGUUUGGUCAGUUACUGAGUUACUUGGAAGAUUUUGCGGCUCAUUAAUACCCAGAGUUAUUCAGUCCAACCGUUCUACAGUAAGAGUGAACUUUGUGGCAGACAGCUCAGGAAGAUACCCAGGAUUCCAUGCAAGCUUUAAAGCAGUUCCUGAUCGUAAGUAGAGUACACUUUUGAUCAGGUGUCCAAAUUAAUUCAGCUUUGCUUUAAUGUUACUUUAAAACUUUGGUCUGAAAAUUUCAUGCAAACCAAAACAAAUCGUAACUUGGUCACUCGCGAAUCAAACGAAACAAUUGUAUGCAGAGUGAUGUAAGCGGAAGUUUCUGUUAAAUAAUGCUUCUUUCAUGUUCAUUGUAUGCUAUAUUUACGCGAUUUCUUUUAAACACCUUUUUCAUUGAUAUCUAAGGUUAUGAAAGCAAAAAAUCUCAACAAAACUAUUCCUGAUUCAAUACACUUUUUCCAGCGUUGAUUGCCCCUCUCGCUAAGAGCGGUCCUCUCGACUUCCCGUCAGAAAAAAGUUUUCUUUUAUUGUUUGCCCAUGAAAAGGGUUUACAAAACAUUUUUCAAAAAUAGUAUAGUUGUUCUCCAAAUCUCUAUUUUUGCGUUGCCACAAGCCAAAAAAGUUUUUUUUGGAGAGACCACACUUGUGGACAGCGAUUAAAAGUGUAAAUUUCACAGAUUUUGUCCAGCGCGCACUGCAAUAAUAUAGCUCACGAAAUUCUAUCUUGCUACAAGUUACAAGAUUUAUUCAGUUGCUUCACAGACAAAAUAUGGAAACUUCUUUUCUAUAUCACCAAUUUGUGCGAAAAAAGUGUCCAAAUGCAGGCGUUAAUCGGGCUAAUAAAGCAUAUCAGUGUAUAGUUUAACACCAAUGAGAUCAUCGAUUGCCUCAAACCCGCGGAUAUAUCUCUAGUUUCCAUGCACCAACAUAAUAAUAAUAAUAAUAAUAAUAAAGGGUUUAUUAAAAGUAUUCAAAAAUAGCACCCCAGUGGUGAAAUACAUGUGAAUUUACAAGUAUACUUUAAAUAUUUAAAAAAUACGACAAUCUUACAUUUGACUUUAAAAUUAAAAGUCUAAGGGGACUGGGAAUUACAAGAGUCAGUAGUUAUAUACCAAUAAAAAACGCUUAGGUUUGCUUGACUACAAGAACUGGGCGUUAGACGCCAUUGUUGGAAAGAAAGAUUUUUUAAAUCUUUCGGUCCGGCAUUUAAAGAGUGAUGGUUGAGAGGGGACUGGGGUCUAAUGGCGGACACACGCACCGUCAUUAGGCUCUUCGUAUUUCUUAUUCUUCUAGCCCAUCUAGCGGAGCCUAGGUUCACCAGCUUGAUUUACAGGACGGCUAAAGUUACUAACCUGCCAGUCGGACCAUCUCUCAAACUGGAACUGGUUAAAUUUCGCCGGAAACAUCGAGUUAAGUUCGCUGUUCAGAAGACUACUAAACAUGGGCAAGGAAGUGAAGUGCAAGGAACUUGUGAUUUGUUCGCUUAGAACACGGCCAGAUCUUGGCCCUUUGUGCGUCAAUGGACGUCCCUUAGAACGGGUCUCCUCACACAAGGUCCUUGGAGUCACUAUCAGCGACACUCUUGGGUGGAAUGAGCACGUGCGUGAGAUUGUCUCCAAAGCCUCAAAACGUCUUUACAUCUUAAGAGUGCUCAAGCGGUCCGGAAUUCCACCCGAAGACCUUAUUAACAUAUUUUAUGCCUUGGUACGAUCGGUCCUCGAAUACGCCUGCGUCACUUGGUCUACUAGCCUACCAAUUUACCUCAAGGACAUGAUCGAAAGAGUUCAGAAAAAGAGCUCUGCGUAUAUUAUUUCCGGCGCUGAGCUACAAAGACGCCAUUGUGGCUGCAAACUCCACUCGCUUAAAUGUGAGAAGAGACGAACUCUGCAAGAAAGUUUGGGACGGUAUCUGUGUGCCUGGGUCACGGCUGUACCACCUUAUUCCACCAAAGCGCGCCGAUUGCCACGUUUAUGAGUUGCGCAACAAAAACCAUGUAUCACUCUUUAAAUGCCGGACCGAAAGAUUUAAAAAUCUUUCUUUCCAACAAUGGCGUCUAACGCCCAGUUCUUGUAGUCAAGCAAACCUUAGCGUUUUUCAUUGGUAUAUAACUACUGACUCUUGUAAUUCCCAGUCCCCUUAGACUUUUAAUUUUAAAGUCAAAUGUAAGAUUGUCGUAUUUUUUAAAUAUUUAAAGUAUACUUGUAAAUUCACAUGUAUUUCACCACUGGGGUGCUAUUUUUGAAUACUUUUAAUAAACCCUUUAUAAAAAAAGGCUUAUGAACAAACACAGCGGCCAAACGUGGGACAUGCGCAAGGGUAUCAAUUUUGCCCGCCCGCGCUCCCAUUUCCCGCGAAAAAUUUCAAAGGAAAACAUAUGAAAGAACCGCUGUCUCGCAAAAAGCGAAAUAAAAUUUGAAACUUUCAUUGAAAUCUGUAAAUGGAAACAAAAGUAAAGAAAAGGAAAACUCAAGACUUUUCAAACACAAGGCUGAUUCAAGAUACCCUGUUGAUUUACUACUCUGUUUUGAGCUUUACCAAAAACGUUGUAUGCUUAAUUUUAAAACACCGUGACUUAUUGGCUUGAAUGGUGUGUGGUGUUACUCGUGUUAGACCUGGUCAUUGCGUUUGCACAUGCGCAGACGUUCGACCAAUGUGUUCUAGGAUCAAGAGAAAAUAAACCAAAAUGGUUAAAGCUCUCUUUUAUCAUUUCAGCCGCCAUGGGCCCAUGUAAAACUCAAGGAAUAAAUAACGUCAUCCCUCUUAACGGGAAAACUGGAAGAUUAUUUUCCCCGCUGUAUCCGGAGACAUUUCCUAACAACAUGACGUGCACGUGGAUCAUAACGGUCCCCGAAGGCCAUUUUGUCAAGUUGAGGAUAACCUCUUUUUUCCUGGCACAUAUUUGUAAGCAGACGACUUUGGAAAUUCGAGAUGGCCAGAAAUCCUCCAGUGACUUACUUGGGAAUUUUUGCGGGAGCUCCUUUGAAAGAUCGGUAUUCUCCAGCGUUCGUCAUCUCUGGAUUCGGUUCCAUUCUGACAAAGAUGAAUUGUUGUACGGGACGGGAUUCAAUGCUUUCUUCGAGAUGGUCGGCCAAUGUAAGUUUUUUUUUUUAUAUUGUUGUUGUAAUUGAAUGAGAGGUAACCAUGGUAAGAGAAAAUGAAUAAGCCACUGUCCAUCCUCAAGAUCGAAAGAAAACGUAUCCGAAUCGCGAUUUCAACUCUUUUAAGGGUACACGGAAUAAUCCAAGUUUCUAAAGGUAACGUGCGCUUCAAAAACCGGGAAAAAUUUUGCUAUCUCCGCCACAGAAAAGUAUAUAUAAAAUCAUGACCCCCAACAGCUUUUUGAGAUUCCUUAGAGCAAACUUACGUGGAGAAAAUUGUCUUUUUCUCGGUUUUUUUUAUUGUGGAUGCCGCCAUUCUUAAUCUUGGUUAACAAACUGGCCACUGUCUUACGACGUUACAAAUCUAAGAACUCUAAAAAACGCAGGCUGGACACAAUUGAUUUUUUCUCUUUAGCGACAACCACAGUUGAAGCCGUUUAUUAACUUCGCAUUGUAGAUUUAAGUUUGAUGACUUCUUUUCAAACUGAAGGCAUUUUUACUGAAAGCAUUUUUCACUUUAAAAAGUCAAAUUUACAUAAUUCUAUGUCUUCAUCUCGUUUUCUUGUAGUACCAGCUCCGUUUUCCUGCACAGCGAAGGACUUAAACAUCAAAUUGAAGUCUAAGACAGGAACUCUGGCCAGUUAUAACUACCCUCUGCCGUCUGACGACCCUGUAGAAUGCGUCUGGUCUAUCAGUGUAGACAGUAAUUCUAAAAUUAUAUUGUCUUUCGAGUUUUUUAAUGUGUCCCGGACCAGUGACUGUUUUGAGGAUUAUGUAGAGGUGCGAGAUGGAAUGUUCAGCACCAGCGACCUUGUUGGAAGGUACUGUGGAGCAGAGAAACCCUCGAAGAUAACCUCGGAUUCUCGGAACUUGCGUGUGGCUUUUAAAUCGAGUGGCAAGUUGAAAUAUCCUGGGUUCAAAGCCACCUACAAAAUAAAAAAGGGUAGGUGAAUAUCCUGAGAUCAAUUUGGAAUAGGAAAGGCAGGAAAGAUAUUAAAUGUGUGUGCACGGAUAGCUUUGCACGUGCAUCACGAUUUUUAGCGCGUUGUUUGUCAUCAGCAUCAGUUAGUGCUACAUAAUGUGCCGCUGGGAAGAAGCUUUCUUUUGGCGUAGGAGCGUGUGGUUAUUGUCACGUGCCUGUGCGGGUAUUUGCGUGUUUUGUGCGUGUUGCGUGAAAGAAUGAUUGCAUGAGCCAACGGAUUUUGCUAUCAUACGGCGAACAAGUCUGUAAUUUACGUUCAUCGACAAAGCAGACUUAUGGUGCAACCUUUCAAAGCUCAUAGGAUGCUCUGGUGACGUAAAUUGCUUUCACGCUCCUUUGCUGUUCUAGCUAACUAUUUUUUUCACUUUUUCCUCUUUCCUUUUAGAUCAAACCCUUAAAAUUCUUAAGAUCGUCGGGAUUUGUCUUGGAGCACUGUCUUUGCUGUGCACUAUAGUUGCCGGUUCUUGCCGUUAUUGCAAUAUGAGGCAUAACCAAGGGCGACCCGAAGUCGUUUUAGCUAUGCAAGGCACAGACAACGCUGGAGCUGAUGGGGAAGGUAUCAGGAACCAAACAGGCAGUUCAUGA